CCUUUUAUUUAUGCAGGAUCUAUACAGUACAGAAAUUGAACGUUCGUUAACUAGUGACGACUAUUCGUGGAUCCCUUUUAUUUUCUUAUUCAGAAGCGCCGAAAUUCCACGAAACUGGGCUCCUGUCUCUCAUGAAAAUUAAAAGGGAUAUCAUAGCGUGGGUUAAUAACGCCCUGACCGAAUGCGGUGGGCACAGAUCGAUCUCUUUCGUUCCAUACUGGAUCUGGUUCUCCUUUAUUUUCUUCGUCUACUAGUUCUUUCUCUUUCGUGUGGGCAUAGUUAUGAUAUAGGUCUGUAACGCACCACGGGAUAUAGAGCUUCUACGAUCUUCUUCUCUGUGUUUUAACGUACAGACGACAUCUGUCUUUAUCUCGUGCGUGUGCCGGUAAGCAGGGAGUUCGAGGAGAAAGAAGAGUGGCAGCGAUGCCGCAAGCCCUUGAAAGGUGAAGGGCGAAUUCUUGAGGCCCAAGUUUGGGACCCACCGCCGAACCGGCGAAGCAGGGAGUCCUGACGGGGGACCGGGAGUUCCGUGAUAAUUCAUUGCCUUCGAAGCUGCACGCUCGCCGCACGGGUCUCUGAACCUAACCGAUGUAUUUUACAAUAUCAUGCUCCGACUUUGUUGUAUCUCUCAUUCGAUUCUUGACUCCGAUCCGAUCGAUCGCUACGCCGAAUAACAGCCCAGUUUUCUUUUUCUCUUGAAGAUAUAUUCCACGACUCGCUGCCCACGUCUUAAACGUUGGAAAAAGUACAGAUAUGGAAGAAAUUAACGGUAAAAAAAACUCGAAAAAUAGGUUGCGCGUUGUGUGACAGAAUGAGAGAUUUUGACUGAGGCGAUGGAAUUCUUUUUUGCGAUGGAGGCUUGAAAGGGAGGAAAAAUUGGUUUCCGAAUAGACCAUAUGGUGUUCGAAUUUUUGCUCUUUCAGAAACGCGAAUCGGUCGAUGAAUCGGCGAUAACUCGAUCGUUUGGAUAAAUAGAUCGAUAGACUGUUCGUGAAUGAAAAGUAGAGUAACAACGCGAUGUUGGUACAAGUAUAAAAGCGAAGCGAGGAGAAUGCGUUUCGAAUUGUAAUUACAAUCAUAAAAGAGGGGUGCACGAGUACCCACGAGUUGCAGAAAUAUGAAUUAUGAUCUAAAACUUGAAUGAGAAGUAAGCUCGGUUUUUGUUUCAAACAAUUUUAAUUCAACGUUAUGGUUUUUCUCGGAGGUACCCGCAGCUAAUUACUUCUUGGAAAUGUUUUUGCACAGUUUCGAGAGUUAAUUAAAUGGAUUCUAGAGGAGGUAGGAAUAAGGGAGCGUCUCGUUGUUCGGAAAUGAACGAACGACGAUCCUAUUAGAUGGAAAAACGUAACAAAAAAAAAAACCAAGGUUUUUAAAAAUAUGACUCUCAUCCCUUGCGGGGAUCGAACCCGCGACCUUUGGAUUAGAAGUCCAACGCGCUAUCCUCUGCGCCAAAGGGACACGACGACUAAAAAUUUUUACAGACUAAUUUUCAAACAGGCGCUAUUUCCGCUUGAGAUAUAUGCAACUAAAAGAUUGUUCAAAUUGACAAAAUGAUUGGAUUUUGAGAAAAGUAACGAACGAUUAUUCGACUCACAUCUAUCUUCACGAAUGAAACUCAUCGGUGUACUGAGAUUACAAGUUUGACAAAAGAACACGUUUAAUGGAAAUUAAAAAAGUAAAAUCAAAAUAAAGAAGAACCAAAAACGAAGACGGGAGAAGAUCGAUCAAUCAAUAGGGUUGAUCGCAUCGUGCUGUCUGCGAUGCGCACAGUUCGAAAUCGACUCUUUUUUUCCAAUCGUGACUGCAGGUAAUUUUAUGGGCAUAUAACCCGAACAUCUGCAAAACACAAACUGACGGAGUAAUUAUUUGGGAUAAAUACAACGGAGUAUCGUUAUCGCGUGUGCCGUAACGAUUUUGGUAUAGGUGCCGCAUGCCGGUGGUAAUAAAGUCUACGAGUAGGACUGAUUUCCGAUGGCCUUUUACUCGUACCAUUCGAUAUAAAUAAUGUUAAUCGAAUCUCAGAAAGUUAGUGAUCAGCCAGAAUGUGGCUCGUGUUCAGUUACCUAUUAACGGUCGUCUUGACCACUGUGGGAGCGAAUAACGUGAAAUUUGACAAUUUUCCACCCGCAGCGUCAUCCGUGCCCAUCGGGAUCACCGAUUAUAUUUUUGGGCAGAAGUUAUUACGGGCGUUCCAGAAUGGAAGAGAUUUUAACACGUAUUUCAGAAGCCCGGAAAAUCGCCGUCUCCAGGACAUCUUGGCAGUCAAGGACGAGAAUUUAACUAUCCUGAAGGACCUCAAACUGGUCAACGAACCUGAAAUAAGAAUCACAUUUUUGGACGCGACUCUGAAAUAUUUUUCAACCAGUAUCGGAGUCGACAUCGGAGAGCUCGUGUUCACCGGUGAAAUUCUAAUCAAUGGCGUAGAAAAAACAGGAGAAGACGUUCCCACUACCGUCGAAGGUGUCAGAUACACCCUUAAAAAUGUCAGAGGCUUCGGGCUCGUUGGCUUCGGGAUAAAAAACGACGAGAAUUUUGUUUCUACCAAUUACUUCGUCCAAUACAACGAAGGGGACGCGAAAUUCGAGAUAAUCAUUGGAGACCAAACGUCGGAGGACUUUGCUGUACGCCUCCCAGAUUAUUCCGAAAAACGGAUGAAAUCUGAGGUGAGAAAAUUGACGACUUCGAUCCUGAAGAGGAGAUUAGACGCUGCUUUGGACAAAAUUUCGAUGCUGGAAGUUUUCGGCUCCUCGAAAUCGAGCGUUCUUACAGAAAGAUCGCAGUUAGAUGAUUUUCAGAACAACGUGCUGGACGGUAUCAUCGAAGACAUGAACAAACAAGUGGAUAAUAACAACUUGAACGAAAUUCAAAUUCCGGACAUCGACAUGCCCUUUAUCUACACGCUAGCGGGAGCUUCUAUCGUAAUUCAGGGACGAAUUAUCGCGAAUAACGGUUCACUCGGAAACUUGGCGACCUUCGUCCGACUGGGAGACGUCAGUUUGAAUUUUAACUCCGGGAAUUUGAUAAUUUUUGGAAAGUUGGGAUUAACCGAAUUAAGGGUCGACUGGAAAGACGUCGCUCUCGAAUUGGGCGGCGUCGGACCGCACGGCAGCUUGUCCGGGAGAAUAAGUAACAACGCGGUUGAAUUAGCGUUAGCAAUCAACGUUAUGAACCAGUCGAUGACCCUAGUCAGCUUCGAUAUAACAGACCUAAGCGGUGCGCAGGACGCGAAGGUGGCGGGAUUGGGUCCGUUCAAUUGGCUGGCCGAGAGAAUCGCUGUUUGGGCGAUUAACGAACGUACGGAAGAAAUCAAAAUGGUCGCUGAACCGAUAAUUGAAAAUGAGAUACGAGAAGCAAUGGGGAAAGUACACGUGAGACAAGUAAUCUAUGAUCUGAUAUUCGGCCGCGGCUAGGGUCUCCAGGCGUAGCGUUGAGUUUUUUUUUUUUUUUCUUUUUUCUCGUAUUUCAGUAGGUACGUAUUUGACCCGAUGUUCGUAGACGAAUAUAUUUCAUAAAUUCUGCAACAAUUUAUUUUUCACAAUGGAAUUGUACUUUCAUGUAUAUAAACGUAUAUUUGUA